AAAGGUCUUAAUAAUAUGAGUUAAAGUGUUAUUAAAAAAAACUUAAAGAAAAAACGUUCCUUAGGCUAAACAUAAACUAGUUUUCAUCAACAUGGACACUUUGAAUCAGCCAAUGAACAUUGCGGAGUACAACAAUCUAAUCACCAACAUAAUAGAAUCGGCUGUGGAUGAGUUAAUUCAGAAGCGAGAAUCAUCCGGCGCAACGCUAGGCUUUGGCACUGGUGCCGGAAUUUCUGGCCAUGAGCUUUUCUUGCACAUUUGUCGUCUAUGUGCCAAAGAGGAAUCCCGUUUGCUGGAUUUGUCAGAGCUUCAUCUGGUGCUGAUCAAUGAGUUGUCGAUCAAUGGAAUCGAAAGCAGCGCUGGCUGUACGAAGAUAUGCUCUAGCUGUGUGGAUUUUCUUGGUCGCAUUCGUGAGUUCCGCUGCCGCUGUGAGGAAGCUCAAAAACGAAUUGGUUUACUGCUUACGGAAAGAAGUGUGAUUACCGAUUUUCUAAGUCUGAACUUUAGUAAACAGGAGCAGCACUUCGAAGGUUUCAGUCCGCCUCCCAGUUCUAUGACUGAAAAAACUGAUGUAGUGGAGGAUGCUCCAUUCAAUGAUUUAGGCAUUUUUUCUUCUACUUCGGAAGAGUCGGAACAAGAAGUGAAACCCGUAGCGAAAAAAGUAAGAAAAGCAAGACGAGAGAAACCAACUGAAAAAAGAGACACAAACACGCUAAAUAGACAACCGGAUUCGCGACGACGGGUCGUUGAUGGAAAGCUUCAGUGGGUUUGUUUGGACUGUGAGGAGAUAUUUCAGAGCUGUACUAAACUGAAGAAACACCGUCAAACGUGCAAGCUGGUCGGCACACAGAACUCGAAACGGUUGGGCUCUUUUACUUGCGAGAUUUGUGGUCAAACCUUACCGUCGUUGAUGGGUUUGAGAGUGCAUCUGCACAAGCACAACAAAUCGCGCCUUGAUUUGGUUUCGAAAAACAAGGAUGAAUCGAAAUCACCCCCUCCGGUACCGAAAAAGGCGGUUUGCCAUGUUUGCGGGAAAGCAUUCAACGGUGCUAGCUCGCUUAGAUCGCAUUUGGUAUUUCAUGAUCAGGAGAAACGGAUGGAAUGUCCGGUUUGUAAAAAGAAGUUUUUUAAAUUGUAUCGUUUAAAAGACCACAUGAAUUGUCAUACCAAUGUCCGCCGGUACAGUUGCACGAUUUGUGGUAAAGCAUUCUUUACCAAAGGAAUCCUGUACAAACAUACUCGUUUACAUGAGCAAAAUUUUCGAAAGCAUCAGUGCAGUAUAUGUCCUAUGCGUUUCCCCCAUCCCUAUCAGCUUCGGUCGCAUAUGAUGAUACAUACAGCAGAGUAUCCACAUGGAUGUAAACUAUGUACAAGUAAAUUCCGAUUUUCGUGGGAUCUUAAAAAACAUAUUGCUAAAUCGCAUCCUCUUAUACCGGAGAACAAUUGCGACGUUAUACUGGAAGCCGUUCCUGCAUUGCCUCCAACUUUAGAAGAACUGAUAGCUCAACCACUACUUCAACCUUCGCUUUUACCAUUGGAGCCACUAUCGCCGCCGUCUCACCCGGAGGCGAGUGUAAUAGGAUUGAUGGAGGAGGAACAACAGCAACACGACGACCUGUCUGUGAUGCUAGCGGAUAUACCACCGCACCAGCAAUCGGAGUUGACUCCGUCGCUAGCAGCCGUGCAACCCGUACUGGCGGAACACCCCUUCGAUACGGAUAACCUGCUGGACGAUGCUUCGCGGGAUUUUACCAGCGAUUGCUUCCCAUCGGACCAUCACCUGAACGGUCCCCACGCGGGUCCUGUGGAUGAUUUUUACUCCUUUAUGGAAUGUUGAAUAAAAUAUUC